AUGGCGAUAUUCACCAUCAUUCUGCUUGUCAGCACAGCUUUUGCUCUGGGAGAUGCUACGAUACGACCCAAGACCCCUUGUGAGCGUGCUAGAGAUGCCGCGCUAAAUGGCCCAAUUGGAGCCUUCAUACCCACGUGUGACGCCGCUGGACAAUACACCCCUGAGCAAUGUUCAGGCUCUACAGGUUACUGUUGGUGUGUGAACAGUUCUGGACAGAAGAUCCCGGGUACUGAGACUCCUCCAGGCACUCCUAGAAUCAACUGUAUCACCCAGAAUGCUACGAUACGACCCAAGACCCCUUGUGAGCGUGCUAGAGAUGCCGCGCUAAAUGGCCCAAUUGGAGCCUUCAUCCCCACGUGUGACGCCGCUGGACAAUACACCUCUGUUCAAUGUUCAGGCUCUACAGGUUACUGUUGGUGUGUGAACAGUUCUGGACAGAAGAUCCCGGGUACUGAGACUCCACCAGGCACUCCUAGAAUCAACUGUAUCACCCAGAAUGCUACGAUACGACCCAAGACCCCUUGUGAGCGUGCUAGAGAUGCCGCGCUAAAUGGCCCAAUUGGAGCCUUCAUCCCCACGUGUGACGCCGCUGGACAAUACACCCCUGAGCAAUGUUCAGGCUCUACAGGUUACUGUUGGUGUGUCACCAGAACAGGACAGAAGAUCCCGGGUACUGAGACUCCACCAGGCACUGCUACCAACUGCUACCAUCUAGCCAUUUGUCCACCAAU